AUGAUUCGGCAGAUCAACCAAUCAUGCGCAACGAAUACCUACUACGCUGCCAGACUGAUGAAUGAGCCCGCGCGCAACACAAAUCUUCAAUUCAGUCUCGACUCUUGGCCCGCUGGCGCCGCUCGUUUGCGUGUCUUGUUUUUGGCGCUGUUAUCGGACACCGCGCGAAAUCUGUAUACCUACUGUACUGCUAUAAAUUUGUUAACGAUGUCUUUCAAGAUUGUAAAAUCUUUAGAAAAAGGAGUAUACAGGCAUUGGAUUGUUCCUUCUUCGUGGGAACAUGAUAAUAAUGUAAAAUGGCCAAAAAAAAACAUUUCGGAACUUGUGAAAUGCAUAGAUUCCGUACCAGAGCCAGACUGGCUACAUAUUAAAUGCCAAGUAAAAAGGUCAAAUAUCCCAACUUAUAAGGAAGCCGAUCGGGAACUGAGCAGAUUAUUAAAUGUUACCGAUACAGACGAGGACGACUUUAUUAGAAAAAUAACAAUGUCCAACCAAAAAGAAGUGAACAUGAAUUCAGCUAUGGAACAAUUGGCUGACCAAGACAAUCCACCCAUGAUUUCUGUACCCGAAGAGUCCUACGAGUCUUCGUCUCAAAUAAUUUUGACUGCAGAUAACCAAAUACUGGGUAUACCUACAAAUACCUACUGUGUGCUUGCUGCAGACCAAGAGCACUUUAUAGACAAACCAAAAGAAAAUUGUGAUUUAUAUAAAUCUUUAGAAAAUAUUAAUCUCACACUGGGAAACCACAAUAGAAAGAUGGAUACGAUAUUGGAAAACAAAAAAAAAAUUAUGUAUAAGAUGGCUUGCCUUUCUAUUCAAGUCGAUAAUGUGCAAUUACAACUCGGUAAUGUUAAAGAAGACCAUAUUGUUCCCUUGUCGGCGGUGACUAAAAAUAAAGUUGAGAAUAUGGGAUUCAGCUUCUCUCCAAUCACAACUGUUGAAGAAUUGAUUAAAAUUAAUGAUUCACUUUCUAAUAAAACUGCUAGAAAACGACUGAAAGAAACUUUAUCAGUUGUUUGUUCUGGUGGAAAGGGAAAUAACUGUGCCUAUAAACUUAUAGAUAUCAUGUUUUCGCGUGAUUUCUUGUACAACGAGCUAUUUUUGAAAAGUGUUUUGAAGAAUUCCAACAAAAGAAAAAAUGCUAAACAAGCAAGGUCAUCUACUACACGAAAACGAGCCAAAAUUGAAAAGAAUGAAACUGGUACAAAGCCUAAUGAUGAUGAGAAUAAUGCCAAAAAUGACAAACAAGACGCAAACAAACCUGAAACAACCAGUGACAUAGAAUUCGCACCAACUGCUAAAACUAAUGUUAAAAAUCAACCCAGCAAUCACUCAAUCGAUAUACCUGAAUCCAAAAAUUAUUCCACAGCCUCAGGUGACGAGUCAAUCGAAGAGCAGUCCCUAUGCUAA